AUGGGACAGUUCGAUAUCAGCUACGAGCCACGAAUUGCCAUAAAAGGGCAAGCCCUAGCAGAUUUUCUGCAGGAAACGACGAGACCAGAAGAGCAAGGAAUAUGGAGGGUGUUCGUCGAUGGUUCGGCGAAUGCAUCAGGAAGUGGAGUAGGAGUGGUGCUAGAGGAGGCGGGCGAGGAGUUGGAAUACGCGAUCAAGUUGCCUUUCAGAGCCUCAAAUAAUGAAGCAGAGUAUGAAGCAGUUAUACAUGGGAUGAAGCUGGUAUCUUCAGCCGGGGGCAGGAAGUUGAGCAUAUUUUCGGAUUCACAGCUAGUAGUACAGCAAGUAAAGGGCGAAUUCGAGAUAAAAAAUGAGCGAAUGAUGGCUUAUUGCGAGACAGUGCGGUCGAUGAUGAGCGAGUUUGAAUUCUGCGAGCUAGCUCAAAUACCCCGAGAGGAGAACCAGCAUGCUGAUUUUCUGGCAAAGGUAGGAAGCAUGGCGGUAGGAUACGAGUCAAGGAAGAUACAAUUGCUAGUGGGGGAGCCAUGUAGCGAGGGCGAGGAGCGUGUUUCAACGGUGACAAGUGGGGAAGAUUGGCGCACGGAAAUAAGGGCGUGUCUGCAAGGAAAGGUCCUAGAGAGUGGCCGCGUGCAGAGGGUCCUGGAACAGCGAGCAAGCAAUUUCUGCCUGAUCGGGGAUAUACUUCACAAAAGAGGAUACACUAGGCCGCAACUAAGAUGUCUAUCUCUGGAGGAGGGCCGUUACGUGCUGCGCGAGAUUCACCAAGGAUGCUGCGGGGACCAUGCAGGGGGUAGAGAGUUGGUCUCGCGGGUGCUAAGGGCAGGAUAUUUUUGGCCCACUUUGAGAAAAGACGCGGGACAGUUUGUCAAGAGAUGUGAUAAGUGCCAGAGGCAUGGCCCGCUGAUUCACAUGCCGGGACAGGAUAUGACGAUAAUAACUUCCCCUUGUCCUUUUGCACAAUGGGGGAUAGAUAUCGUAGGCCCCAUGCCACUGGCCAAGGGGCAGAGAAAGUUCUUAAUAGUCGCUGUAGAUUACUUCUCCAAGUGGGUGGAGGCGGUGGCAGUGGCCAGGAUAACGGAUACAUAG